AUGCUGACUAUGUGGAUGGAGGGCCAGAAUCAAUGCAAUGCCCCUGUGAGCCUUAUGGUUACCCAGCAUAAAGCAAGAUCCUUUAUCGACAACUUAAAGGCAGCAGAGGGUGAAGGAUCGAAGGAUGAGACCUUUAAGGCCAGCCGAGGAUGGUUUCAACGAUUUAAGCACCAUUAUAACUUCCAUAACAUUAAGAUGACUGGUGAAGCUGCUAGUUCAGAUACGGUUACCGGCGAGAUUUUCCUGCCGGAGUUCAAAAGCAUUAUCGAGGAAGGAGGCUACUCAGUGAAGCAAGUCUUCUAUGUGGAUGAGACUGAUCUCUUUUGGAAGAGGAUACAUGAAAGAACCCAUAUCUCCAAGGAAGAAAAAAAAAGAGCGCAAGGUUUUAAAGCGGCAAAAGAUCUCUUGAAGCUGCUGUUUGGCGUGAACGCUGCUGGCGACUUCAAGCUGAAGCCUAUGCUAAUUUCUCGUGCUGCCAACUCACGGGCCCUGAAAGCACAUCCUCCCAGUCUCAAACACUUACAUGACAAUGUUCGAGUUAUCUUCCUGCCUCCCAACGCAUCAGCACUGAUGCAGCCUUUGGAACAAGGCAUUAUCGUCGCAUUCAAGACGUAUUAUUUACGGCAUACCAUGGACCAACUGCUCAAGGCUACUGAUGGAGAAAAUAAACCUCCGAUCCGAGAAUAUUGGCAAGGCUUCAACAUUCUUCAUGCAAUCGACAAAAUUGGCAAGAAGUCUCAGAAAUGCUUGGCUACACAGGCAGGCUUUCAGGAGUUGGAAUCUGAGGAUAUUGAGGACGACCUGGCAUCCCAUACAGAAGAGCUUAUUAAUGAAGAUCUGCAACUGCUAACAGAACACAGUGCCGCUGAAGACGAUGACGAAGAAGAACCACAACGAACGCUAACUACCAAGAGGUUGGCAAAAGCGUUCGACAUGAUCCAGCAAGGAAUGCAAAUCUUCAUUAAUGAUGACUCAAACAGAGAACGUAGCUCAAAGAUUGUACGCAACAUGGAGGAAACUCUUAGUUGUUAUGAGAUCUACAAGGAUUCUUUUUUUCGUCGCUGGAAGGCAGGAGCAGCAUUUUCACAACAGGCUGCAAGCAAGAAGGAGCAAACAGAGCAGCAGGAGGAGCCACCCGCAAGGUCUCAGUGA